CUUUUGGCCAGAGCUGUAUAUGAGGAUGCAAUUUUUUCUCCAUAAAAGCAAAAGAAAUAGAAACAAAAAUGUCAAUAAAAAAGUAUAUUUUUUAUGUUCAAAACUAUUUUUUUCCAACUGUUUUUGUCAUGCAUGAAAGGGUUAAACACAAGAUUAACUGGAUUGUUGACAAAUCUUUAACUGAUUUCUCAUACGUGAUUUCUAAUACACAAAUGUGUUAACCUGCGUCAUUAAACUUUGAAUGUGUCCUCUUUGAUUUGUCUUUCUGGGAGUGGGAACAAAUACUACAGCAGAGAGAGCUGUGGGGAGACUGAUCACCCCCCUCCCACAGAGCACUGUAAAAUGCUGUGGAAAACAUCUCACUAUUUCUGUAGUAUUAACAUAGCCUUUUCCCACCUUCCAUUACCCUUUACACAGCUAUCCUUUCGACUGUGCAGUGUGACAGUGUAAAGACCCUGCUUCCCUCUCAUAUUAUUUGUUUAUGCACUAGUCAUUUAUGUUGCUUUUCCCCUAUGUCUCUCUACAAGCUUUUGGGGCUUAAUAAGCUCAGAGAUCUGGUGCUUGACGCUGCCAAUAAAAUAUAGUUUCUUUUGAAAUUGUGACAGAACUCUGGUCUUUUAUACACGUCCCCACAAGGCUUAAAAUGGACCCACUUGUAGUAAAUGCAUAUCUGUUCCUUUUGAAGAGUCACUGAAGGUACAGCAGUUAGGAACCACCGUGGCUAGUCCUCUAUUUUCCCUUUGGACGGUUUUACUGAAAGUGCAAGACAGGCCUUCAUUUUAUUAUGUUAUUAUUAGAAAGAAAAAAAAAUGGUCAAAAAUGAUUCUUCCAGAAUGAGAGAGAAAGCAAUAAGGUUUAUGGCAUUGCAACUAACAGUUUCAUGGGCUGAGAAACACCACCUCCGUCCAUGUCACUCGUCUGUAUAACAUCAAGCCAGCUGCAACCCUGGAGGUAUCAAACCAAUGGGGCAGAAGUAAUGGGAGCUCAGGCUAAGAGAAGGCACUCCAUUUCUCUCGGUUUUAUUAGUUAGUAUCAGAACUGUAACUCACAUCAGGACUGUCAUGGAUGACACCCAUGGGCAGAGCCAUCACAAACCCACAGAUGUAAGCAGGUCCUGGGUUCGAAUACCACUUCAGCUAAUACUUAUUCACUCACUGUGUAAAUAACUAAAAGAAACUGCAGUCUGCAAUCCAAUAGUAACUAAAAGUAACUCUGUAUGGUGCUAUAAAAAGAAAUGGAGAUGAAACAACACUUUAUGGUAUUUUAUCUGUUUGCUUUUUAUGAAGACUCAAAAAGGUUUAUUUCAAUCCGCUAUUCACUGUUUCAACCUGUUCGGAGAAAGAAGCCAAGCAAAUUGUAAAACAAGUGCAACGAAAUGAGUCCCUGGGAAAAAAUGAGAGCGGUGGACAAAUCAAAGAAGGGUCUAGCAGGAGUGACGCAAAGCUGGGGCAGAUAUAAAAAGGGAGCCCAUUUCAGAGAUAAACGCCAGUUCUGAAUCCUGUGUGAGAUCUAAAGAUUGACUCAGCUGCAGAGAGAGAAAGAGGCUCCCCCUGUACUCCAAGCAGACAAGGACAAAGGAAAUACACGAUCUGAGCAGCAGAUUAUCCAAACCGACCAGACCAAGACCGACCAGACCAAGACCGACCAGCGGACCUCCACGCCCUUCCCAGGCUCUGUUAUGAGUUUACUGGUGCUCCCACUGUUGGUGUUGCUGGUCAGAGCCCAGCAAGGAGAUCCCCUGGGAGCUGCACCACCAAUCAGCUAUCCCAAACCUGCAGGAGAGCUGCUAAAACUCCUUAUGCGGGACAUGUUGAGCGAGAAAAAGAUCCCGUUUUCCUGGGGGACUCCCCUGUCCCCUGGAAGAGCUCCCAUGUCAUUGGCCAGCCUGCUGUUCAGGGCGGAGCUACCCCUGAAAGAACUCCCCACUCCGGUGAGGCCCCUCCCCCCAGCAGAGAAGCGGGAGAAGGACAUGUCCUCCUACAACUGGAACUCAUUCGGUCUCCGCUACGGGAAGCGUCAAGCCGGCCUGCUAGCACAGAGAGCAGCAGAGGCCAACCCAAACCCAAAUUGACCUGUCCCUUAGCUGUGGCUGCUACUACAUUCAAACUGCAACACUGGUUCUCCACUCUUAUCCCCUGGUUUUAAACCCAAAUGUACACUCCUUAAAUAGUUCCACAAUGUUCUAAAGAAAAUGGCACACUUGCAUUUUGUACAGAACCUUGCCAGUUUUCAUAAAACUACAGUCUGAUUGAUUCUAAAGACCACCCCCAUGACUGUAUUACCUGAAGUCAGGCCCCUUAAAUACAGCUUUUUAAAGAGCUGGCUGCCAGUCUGUGCACUCACAGUGGUCACUGUGGUAAUGCUGCAUGUAUUAAAGUUCAAAUUCUGCUCACAAAUGUGGCACUUCAACAGAAGUUAUAGCAAAGCUUUUAUUUUUUUGCACCUGAUUGGAACUGGACUAGUUUUGCUGAGUUUUAGUAGGAUGCCGUGCCCUUAAAUGCAGAGCAAUUUUGAAGUCAUUAAAUAUUUUGUUUUUUAGUUUAAAAAAAAAAGUUUUUUAUAGGUGAUCUCUCAUUCCAGUGCCUAUGCAUGCAUAUCAGACAUUUAGCUCUUCAGCGCUACCUCUUAAAUAAGAAGUCCUGCUUUCUAUCACUGUCAGCGCAGAAUAACCACCCUGUGUGUUUUUUAAAAUGUUUAUCCCAGUCCAACAUUGAUAAAA